ACCUGAACCCAACGUCGGGAUGGUGGGAGAGGCUGGUUUGUUGACUCACUCGGGGCUUCGGCUGCGCUCCUAACUGGCAACCUUAUCAGAGUUGAAGCCGUCAAUAAGUUGACAAAAUGUCAGCGGUCCAACUGUCGUCGUAGCAGGACUCGCAUGUUGUGACACAGCUAAGCGGAUCGCGCGUGGACGACUUUGGCGUAUUCGGGCCACUUCGCAACCGCGCGCGACAUGGUUGCAGCUAGCAUUAGCUUAAGUUGCGAGAUUGACAAGAUAGACGGCUGAAGUUGCUCCGCAGUAAGAUGGGCCACGCCGGGCUGAGCAGAAGGGCUUCACGUAGCAGGACGGCCAGCUGCAUAGAUCCAGGCAGAUUCCGACCUUAAAUUAAUUGUCAUUUAUUCGGCUAGUUGGGUUCUAAUCUCAAAGAGCAGACGCGCCAGUGUUCGCUUGUAGCUGUCAAACACGUCGCUCGUCCAUCGCUGGCCUAGGAAGCUAGCAGACCGCUAGCAGACCGCACGACUGGCUCCCCACCAAAGUUGCGUGUUGUUGAUGGCCUUCCUGCCAGCCAUGGACACUGUGACUGACACAGGCCCCACGGUGCACCAAAAUGGGGCCGCUCAUCGAGAGUCUCCAGACACGACACCAGCUGCCGCUGCGUUGAGGAUCCACCUCUACAGCAGUAGCCAAGCGGCGGCUGAGCGUGGUUUCCUCAGCUACACACCUGGGGACUAUGUUGCCGAGGAGUUGUGUAUAGAUGCAGCCAAGGCGUGCAGCAUAUCACCUCUCUACUGCAGCCUUUUCGGUCUCUUCCGAGAGCGAGACCACUUGUGGUUUUCUCCCAACCAUACGUUUCAACUUGAUGAUUCAGCUUCAGAAGAUGUGUUUUUCAGAAUUAGGUACUACUUCCCUGGCUGGUACAGUGGUGGGGCGUCACGAGCAUAUAGAUAUGGGGUCACCAAGGGCUCCGAAAGUCCUGUCCUUGAUGAUUUUGUAAUGUCAUACCUUUUUUUUCAGUGGAGGAAUGACUUUUUGAAUGGCUUGGUGAAGAUCCCCAACACCCAUGAGACACAAGAAGAGUGCCUCGGUAUGGCUGUACUCGACAUGACACGGACGGCCAAAGAGAAGCAGAUGUCCCCGUUGGACGUCUACCACACCACAAGCUAUAAGUCGUUUUUGCCAAAAGACAUGAGAGCUCACAUCCAGGGCUGCAGCUUCUUGACACGCAAGCGAAUACGCUUUCGCUUUAAGCGCUUCAUUCAACAGUUCAGUCAGUGUCGGGCCACAGCGCACGAUCUCAAGCUGAAGUACCUGAUCAGCAUGGAGUCUCUGGAGAAGGCCUUCUACACAGAGACCUUUCAUGUGACGGAGCCCUCCAGCGGACAGCUCAUCACCCUGGUGGUGGCGGACACUGGCAUCCAGUGGUGUCGGGAGAAAUUGAUGGAUUCUGAUCAGGAGCUGCAGACCUUGUGUGACUUUCCUGAUGUCACUGACAUUGGCAUCAAACAGGGCAGCAAAGAGGGCGCUGCAGAGAGUCGUGUGGUCACCAUUAAUAAGCAGGAUGGCAAGAAUCUGGAGCUGGAGUUCCCCACCCUGUCGGAGGCGCUCUCCUUCGUGUCUCUCAUUGAUGGCUACUAUCGUCUGACUACAGAUGCUCAUCACUACCUAUGUAAAGAAGUGGCACCUCCAAGGCUCGUGGAGGUCAUCUCCUCCCGAUGCCACGGCCCCAUUUCAAUGCAGUUUGCCAUCCAUUGGCUGCAGAAGUGUGGAAACAAACGAGGUCUGUACAUUUUGAGAUGCAGCCCCAAAGACUUCAGCAAGUAUUUCCUGACUUUCCCUGUUGAGGUGUAUGACUCUGUAGAAUACAAGCACUGCCAGAUCACCAGGUCUGUGAGCGGGGAGUUCAACCUCAGUGGAACCAAGAGGAACUUCAGUAGCCUGCAGGAACUACUGACCUGCUACCAAAAGGAAACUGUGCGUUCUGACAGUGUCAUUUUUCAAUUUAGCAAGUGCUGUCCCCCGAAAUCCAAAGAAAAAUCCUGCCUGCUUGUGUGCAGGAGCAACAAGGGCUCAGAAGUGCGUCUUUCUCCAUCACUUAAUCGACAUAACAUCAGUCAAAUGGUGUUUCACAAGAUCAGGAAAGAAGAUCUGGAGUUUAUGGAGAGUCUUGGUCAAGGGACAUUCACCAAAAUUUUUAAAGGAGUACGUAAAGAGCUGGGGGACUAUAGCCAGGUGCACCAAACAGAAGUGGUCGUGAAAGUCUUGGACCAGGCACACAGGAAUUUCUCUGAGUCUUUCUUUGAAGCUGCCAGCAUGAUGAGCCAGUUGUCCCACAAGCACCUGAUCCUGAACUAUGGCGUGUGUGUCUGUGGAGAAGAGAACAUCAUGGUACAGGAGUAUGUGAAAUUUGGCUCACUGGACACUUAUUUAAAGAAGAACAAGAACUCUAUAAACAUCCUGUGGAAGCUUGAAGUGGCAAAGCAGCUGGCCUGGGCCAUGAACUUCCUGGAAGAAAAGCAACUUGUCCACGGGAAUGUUUGCGCUAAGAAUGUUCUUCUGAUCCGAGAGGAGGAUCGAAUGGCUGGAAACACCCCUUUCAUCAAACUUAGUGAUCCUGGCAUCAGCAUCACUGUUCUUCCCAAAGAAAUUCUAAUUGAGAGGAUCCCUUGGGUGUCUCCUGAGUGUAUUGAGGACUCUGCCAACCUGAGCCUGGCUGCAGACAAGUGGAGCUUUGGCACCACACUGUGGGAGAUCUGCAGCAGUGGAGAGAAACCUUUAGCAACACUAGACAACUCUAAGAAAACUCUGUUUUACGAGGACCACCACCAACUUCCUGCACCAAAGUGGACCGAGCUGGCAAAUCUGAUUACCAGCUGCAUGGACUACGAGCCCACAUUCAGGCCCUCGUUUCGCGCAGUCAUCCGUGACCUCCACGGUCUCUUCACACCAGACUAUGAAUUGAUCAUGGACAGUGACAUCCUGCCAAACCGGACAGUGGUGUCAGCCUGGUCAAGUGGGGGCUUUGAGAAUCAGGAGCCAGCUCAGUUUGAGGAGAGACACCUUAUAUUCCUGCAGCAGCUGGGCAAGGGAAACUUCGGCAGUGUGGAGAUGUGUCGAUAUGACCCACUUCAGGACAACACUGGAGAGGUUGUGGCUGUUAAGAAGCUCCAGCAGAGCACAGCAGAGCACAUACGAGACUUUGAGCGAGAGAUCGAGAUCCUAAAAUCUCUCCAGCAUGAGAACAUUGUCAAGUACAAAGGUGUUUGCUACAGUGCAGGUCGACGAAAUCUGCGUCUUGUCAUGGAAUAUUUGCCCUUUGGAAGUCUGCGAGACUACCUCAUGAAAAACAAGGAGAGGAUUGACCACAAGAAGCUUGUGCACUACACUUCUCAGAUCUCCAAGGGUAUGGAGUACCUGUCCAGCAGGAGGUAUAUCCACAGAGAUCUGGCUACAAGAAACAUACUUGUGGAGAGUGAGCUGAGGGUGAAGAUUGGGGAUUUUGGCCUCACUAAGGUUCUGCCUCAGGACAAAGAGUACUACAUGGUGAAAGAGCCAGGAGAGAGCCCCAUAUUCUGGUACGCCCCCGAGUCGUUAACUGAGAGCAAGUUCUCAGUGGCGUCUGAUGUCUGGAGCUUUGGGGUGGUUCUUUAUGAGCUCUUCACCCACAGUGACAAGAACUGCAGCCCUCCUGCAGUUUUUAUGUCUAUGAUGGGGAAUGACAAGCAGGGACAGUUAAUUGUCUAUCACCUGAUUGAGCUCCUCAAAUCAGGCAGCAGGCUGCCUCAACCUCUCGGCUGUCCCACUGAGAUUCAUGAGAUCAUGGAGGAGUGCUGGGACAAUGAUCCCAGCUUGCGUCCGUCCUUCAAGGAGCUCGCUCUGCGCAUCGACCUGUUCAGAGACAGUAAGGAGUUUUAAAAGCACCAAAGUGACCUGCUUCUUCUCAGCCAAGAUGCUCUUAACAUUACAAUGCUGGCCUUUGUGAGGCAAAGGGACAAACGGCCAAAACUAAGGUCCUCCUGCCGAGUGCCAUUUUGGUGGAGCAGUUUGUGGCUGAAGUGUUGUUUUAAAUAAGGACCGGCUCAAAAACUCCAGCCAAGGUGCCUUUAAGUCGACACUCAACCCCCAAUGACGCAGUUUAAUGGGCAGAAAACGGAUGCUGGGAUGCGUCGAAGUGUUGCUGACAAAGAGUAAACGCACCAUGAGACGUGAGGGGAUGAGGUUUUCACUGGAGAUUGAAGAGACUGAGUAGAUUUUUACCAGAACUAAAGCUAAAGAUGCUUGUGUCAAACAAGUGGUGUGUGCGUGUGUGUGAAUGCAAGGUGUGUCUAUGUAAACAGCUAGCAGGGCUAGCUCUCACCUAGAUUUAUAGGACUGGGUGUUUUUUAUGUCUGUGUAUAUACCUACAAUAUAUUAAUGUACAUAUCUAUGGAAAAAGAUUUCUAAUUUUAUAAAAAUGAAAAUAAAGUAAAAACUAUAUUUAAACUGCCAGCGAAAUGUCAGUGUAAAUGAAGUACAUACAAAGUGAUUUAAAAUCCGUUAUUGUUUUAUGUUUUCAUUGUGAGAGAUGUGAAAAUUAAAGAAGUCCAACAUCUUUAUUGA